AUGAGAGAGCGCAUCACCUUUGUCCAGAAGCAGGGCAACUCGAUCGAACCCACAACACUCAAGAUCAAGAGCGGUGUCCUCAAUGGCCCAGAGAUCCAAGCUGCCCGUGAAGACAGACUCACCAUUGCAGUCGAUGAGCUACCAACAGACCUCCAAGCGCUCUUGGGCACAGCUCAUGAGCUUCACAUCCGAUACGUCAGCUCUCAACCAUAUGAGGCCAUCACCCCUUUGUUAGCUAGGCUGCCGCCUGGCUUCCAUCUGUUCUACACCCCGGCAAGGGAAGCGGAGGCCACUUCCUCGGCACUUUGCCUUACCCUCAAUAAGGUAUUCGGAAAUGUCCAAUGUGAAACCCCACAGGAAUCAUUUACGACUCUGCCACGGGACCGUUUUACUCACUCAGCUGCCUAUCAAUACUACCAGCAGUCGGUAGACUUCUCCCCAUUUAUUGAAUACGCCAAACAGAAGCUAUGUUCAUCUGUCAAAGAUCAAUCCUGCGCAAUCAGAGUCGAUUCCUUAGCAGAAGCAAGCACGCUGGACAUCUCAUAUGAUGCCAUCUCCCAUGCCGUCAAGCUGACUGCAGCAUGGCCCUACCAGAAACGAGAGGUGCAUGCGACAUCCCGUCCACAGGCACGGACCGAGGUAGGAGUCUUGAACUCUGACCGUCCAGGACAUCUCGAGCCUCACGAGGUGGGAAUCUCGGGUCUUCUCACCGUGCUGGGACAAGAUGAGAAGCCGUCGGCGACAAUGUUUGCCUUUGCCUCUCGACAUCGCGAUGCCGAGUCGAGCUUCUCCGCCGAGCUUUUGGAGCCCACCGGUCUUCACCCUACCCUUCAACUCAAACUUGAGUCCAACAAACCACCUACUGAGGAUGCCUACUGCUCACCACACGCCUACUUCACCCUUCCCAAGACCAUCUUUGCCGACAGACAUCAACUAUCAGAUGACCUCUUUCUGACUUCGAAGAAUCUGACCGGCCUACGCUACAUCUCUCAGCCCGUAGACCUUGAAGCGCCUGAAUAUGUCGAGAAGCGCUGGGGUUCUGCGCUUCUUCUGGAACUUUCCGCUCCUGAACAUGAGAAAUCAGAGUCUUGGACGGCACAAGUCCCCUUACAUCUGCGUUACCUAUCUCCCGCCGAAGGAGGCGAUACCGACAUUGAAGUUCCAUACCCGGCUGUGUUCUGGGCCUGCGCCGCUGAGGAGGGCACCAAGUUCCCUAACAAUCCGUUUGAGAAAGUCAACCUCGGCUACGACGGCCUAUUCGGCCCAAGGACGGUCUUCUGGCAUGUUGAGCCCCGCCCGGAAAUUGGCAGCCAGCUGACCAACACCAUCAAAGUGCCGGUCUUGGAUACAGACAAGGCGGAGUGGGUAAGCGGCGGCACCGGGCUAGCAGUACUCCUUGGCUUUGCCUGGAUUGUGUGGAAGUUGUUUGGUGUGCUUUCAAAGUCUGGGUACCAAAGCCAACCAGCUCAAGCUACGGAAGCUUCAAAGACCAAGAAGAAGCAGUAA